CAAACAAGAAUCAUUACCUUUCCCGUCAGUCGUAGAAUCUUCUUGUGCAAGAAAACGCAGAGCAAAAUACGAUUAGGGUUUUUCUAAAUCAAUUAAUUCAUUGAUAACAGCUUAUUCUACAAUCAUUUCAGAUUCACCACUUCAAUCCUAUGGACUCUCAAUUUGCCAAGGAAAAGCUUGCUGCGGCCAAGCAAAACUAUGGUCGAGAAAUACGUGUGUUUGAGACGACAACAUCCUCUCAAACAUCAAAUGAGCCGACCAAUGAGGAGGAGCCAGAUGAGUUUUAUGAAUUCACCGCUGAAGAUUAUUAUCGCAUUUUGGCUACAAAGAAGGAAGAUAAGUUUUUGAAGACAAGAAAAAUACGAGAAGCAGAAGAAGCUGCCCGUAGGUCAAGGAUUACCAAGGCAGUGAUCCGUGUCAGGUUCCCAGAUAACCACACACUGGAAGCCACAUUUCAUCCAUCUGAGACGCUUCAAAUCUUAAUCGAUCUUCUCAUAAAAGUUUUGGCUCAACCAGACCUCCCUUUCCAUAUAUAUACUACACCUCCAAAGAAGCAAAUAAAAGACUUGUCUCAAGACUUCUAUUCUGCUGGUUUUGCCCCUGGUGCAAUAGUAUAUUUUUCAUACGAUCAACCAAAAGGUGAUGGUGAUGUUGCUACAUCAGGCCCGUUCCUUAACGAGGAUGUCAUGUCUUUAAAAGGUCUGGAAUUCGUACCCGAAGAGGUCAAACCUGAGGUUGACCAAACUACCACCACCGGGUCUGUGGCGGCCACCGCCCCUGCUACGGUUCAAGAGCGCAAGCCUGCUGCUGAUAAGAAGAUGGUGAAGCCAAAAUGGUUGAAAAUGUAACAGUUGGUUCUUUGUAGAGUCGUGUUAUGGCAUGUUUGUUAUAAAAGAAACAUCCAAUCUGAGUGUUUUUCGAGAUGACUUGUAACCAUGUAAAUCAUGUUUUUUUUUUCCUGGUACGUGGAUGUCAUUAAUGUGUAUAGAAAAGAGUUAACUUGUUCAUUUGCGUGGACAAGUUUGGUGGUCUGUUUGACAUAGAGGGAUUAAAUGAGGGGUGUGUGUGGGUAGAACAUUUUCGGGUCAAAAUAAGCUGCACAAUGCGCAAUGGUCAUAAUGAAUAUAUUGACUUGCACGUAA